AACGCACUAAAACAAGCUGGAAUUCAUGCUUUUAGGGAUAGUGAUGAUAUUGAUAGAGGUGAAGAACUAAAGCCGGAAAUCAAGAAAGCAAUCAAAGCAUCAAAGGCUUCAAUAAUUGUGAUCUCAAAAAACUAUGCAACUUCUACAUGGUGCCUUGAUGAGCUUUCGUUGAUUCUCUUGCAAAGGAGUGAGAACAAUCAUUUUGUUCUACCAGUUUUUUAUCACGUUAACCCCACAGAUGUGAGGAAUCAAAAUACAUCUUUCCAUAUAAAAGUCAGAACAUCUCCAAGGUGGACAUAUGAUAACGUGCAACGAUGGAAGAUAGCCCUCAGGAAGGUUGCUAAUAUCACUGGUUUGAUUCUUUCUGGGCAUGAGGUGGAAUUUUUGAAAGAUAUUGUUGACACUGUUUACAAUAAACUUGAUCGCAGACAAAUUUAUCUUCCACCCAAUCUAAUUGGGAUGGAUGCUCGAUUUCAAGAGAUCAAUUCUUGGUUAUUACAACCCCAUGCCAACUUUUUAGCAAUUUGUGGCAUGGGAGGAAGUGGCAAGUUGACAUUGGCCCAGUACAUUGUCUAUUCCAAUUGGCAAAACUUUGAGAACAUCAGUAUUGUUGAAUGCAUUGGUAGUAGAUGUAAAGAAAGGCAUGAUUUGCUUGAGGUACAAGAAGAACUUCUCAAAGAUAUAUUAGGGGGAAAGAACAGAAGAAUACCAAGUGUUUGUCAGGGUACGUAUAAGAUUGAAGAAGUCUUACGAACAAAGAAGGCACUAAUUGUUCUCGAUGACAUCGUUGAAUCGAGCCAAUUGGUAACUUUACUUGGAACUGGGAAUAUUAACAAAGCAAGCAAGAUUAUAAUAACAACUAGAGACCAUAACAUAGGUACAUGGUUAAAGUCCAAAUAUUCUAGGAGGUAUCAUAAGUACAGAAUGAAAUUGUUGGAUGAUGGCGAGUCACUAGAGCUUUUAAGUCUUCAUGCCUUUGGAUCCAAAAUUCCUGAGAUACAAUACGAGGAGUUUGCAAAAAAGGUAGUACAGUAUUGUAAAGGGCAUCCGUUGGCUCUUGAAGUUUGGGGUUCCUCUAUGUCAGAACAUAAUAGCUUCUCAUCUUGGAGAAGUGCACUAAAUUUACUGGAAAAAGAUACUCCUCACAGUAUUUACAGUGUACUUAAAAGGAGCUAUGACCUGUUACCAUUUAACUCUGACAGAGAAUUGUUUUUGCAUAUUGCUUGUUUCUUUGUUGGCAUGGACAAGGAUUAUGUGGUAACCAUAUUAGAGCCUGAUUACUCUGCAGAAUCUAGAAUCGAAACCCUGACCAAGAGAAGCCUUCUUUAUGUUACACCAAACAAUAAACUGAUGAUGCAUAUAUUGCUUCAAGAUAUGGGAAGAAGCAUAGUCAAACAAGAAUCACAGGUAAUUGCAGAACGUAGUAGAGUUUGGCGCAAUGAGGACUCAUAUGAAAUGUUGAGAAAUGGAAAGAGAGCAAGAAGAAUGAGAGGUUUGGCACUUGACAUUCAUAUGCUGAUGGAAAAGGAUGGAUUCAAUAAUGAACUCAUAAGGAAACAUAUAAAAGAGUUGCAGUCAUGUUUUUUGCCUUAUCAACUUCAAGAGAUGGAUCAACUAGAAUUGCUCCAGAUCAAUUUUGUGCAAUUCAAACAAUUCACCAGGGAUUUUGCUAAAAAAUUGAGAUGGCUCUGUUGGGUUGGAUUCAACGAAAGAUCCAUGCCUGCCCACCUGUGCAUGGGCAACAUGGUCGCUUUAGAUAUGAGCUAUAGCUGCUUGGAAGAAUUUGAACCACCCAUGGUUCUUCAGUCACUCAAGAUUCUAAAUCUUAAAAGCUCCAGAUAUCUAAAUAGAAUUCACAACAUCUCCCGACUUCCUAAUCUUGAGAGUUUGAUUCUUUGGAACUGUCACAUGUUGCAUUGUGUUUGUAAAACCAUUAAAGACCUUACUAGUCUUGAGCUAUUGGAUAUGAGAGGGUGUGAAAGGCUGCAAAGUUCCUUUUUGUUGCCAUGCUCAUUAGUGCGUUUAUUCCUCAAGGACUGCAAUUUUGAUCAUUACAAUGAUUCUACUCUUAGUUUCAGUGAUCAUUCAUUUUUGCAAUACUUGGAUCUAGGCAACAGUAUGUUGAAAGUCCUGCCUUCUUACAAUCAUCUAAAAAAUCUUCGAAUCCUUGACUUGAGCUUGUCCUCUAGACUUGAAUCGUUAUAUCUCCCAAGUACACUGGCAGAAUUGUACAUAUAUUAUUGUACGUCACUGGAGAAGGUAACCUUUGAAUCACAUAAAUUCACAUUGCAAGAGUUUGGCUACGAAGGUUGUAUUAAUUUGUCCGAAAUUGAAGGCUUUAUCAAAUUGGUACCAAUAGCCAAAUCUGAUGAAGCAGAUUUG